UAUAUUUAUUGCUCCGGAAGAUUGCUGGCUGCAGUGAAUGUACACAAUUUGUACAAGGAUUCAAAAACAUUUGUUGAUAUGCCAAUGAAGCGCGAUCCUGAAGAAACUUUGAUGGAAUUUGAACGGCGUUUUGGGAAACUUGAACUACAAAACAUUGAUCGCGUAGAACUUCAAGCAUUCAUCGAAGAAUAUUUUGCGCCACCUGGUGCCGAACUAGAGGAAUGUGAGCUGAAAGAAUGGAUGGAAUUUCCACCGCGGCUAAUGAGGAUUCAAGAUCCUGCAUUGCGCGAAUGGGCAUUAAAGCUAAAUUCAAUUUGGAAACUACUCUGCCGGAAAGUGCGAAUUUUGAAAAUUUGGAUCAAAUAA